GCUGAAUCAAAGUUCAAAGCAACGUGUGGACUCGGAUUGUGUGGCUCUGCCAAUGCCAAUGCCAAUGGGCGGCAAGAACACCAAUGCCAAUGGCAAGAGAAGGCAGAAGCACAGGGCAAGGCUCGCCAGGGCGUUGCAACAAGAUUUACCUGUAGAUACUGAAGCUGAAUUUGCAAGAGUGACAGGCCCCCCGGCUAAGGAGGCCCCCCCGGCAUCAUCAUCGACAAGGGCCUUUCAAUUUCUCGACAUGAUGAACUCCAGACUGAAGCGCUUGCAGAAGCCUCUCGCCGUUCUGCUCUUGGGAAAUGUGGCUGUGGGGACUUAUGUGUUGCUGUCUCGGAAGGAUCGUCCCCCGAUAGAGCAGGCCUCUGAUAGAGCAAGUGCGGACGCUCCCAGCCAAAGUGCGUCCGGUGCUUCGCACCAGGGCGGGGAGCCAGUUCACACCCAUGAAGCUCAUGAGGGCCCCAGUGGAACUUCAUUAGUUGGUUCAGGUGGGGCCACGCUGUCCACUCCGGGGGGAACGCCUGUUCCCAUGCCUAGUUUUGCAUCCUCAGACCAUCACCAUAGACACGAAGGUAGCGGGAGUCAAACCCCCCACCACGAAAGAGAAGGCCAUGGGGGGCCCAGUGGCACCAGUUUUGUAGGCUCGGGCGGCGCGACAUUGUCCACUCCGGGGGGGACGCCGAUUCCGCUGUACAGCCAGUCGAAGGCAGACCAUCACCUACGGAGAGGGGAAGGAGGGGGCGGGCCGUCCGCAGAAGCGCAACGGAAAAAAGUGCGGGAAGAGCGGGAGAGGGAGAUCGAGCUAGAUCAGAAUGGGGACCCGGUGACAAGGGGGCCGCCGGAUGACCUGAAGGACAGAGAAGAACUUGGGGGUUUGCAUCGGAACCAGGUUGGCCAGUCGCUGUUCGGGAAAUUAGAAGAGCCGACUUCUGACCUUUCGCUUGAGCAGUAUAAGCAGGGGCUGCUGCAGGAGCUUGACAAGAGGCGGAAGAUGACGCCGAUCAGCAAAGAGGACGAGGCGUGGAUUGACCACGAGAAAGAGAUGAUCAAGGAGCAUUUAAGACACAUGCCUAAGUCAUCUUAGUCAGGGAGGGGGCAUUCAUUCGUGAUCUGGUAAGGAAGGAAUCAGUGCGCCAUUCAUUGCAAUCAUUCUGGCUUCCCAGGUCUUAGUCCCGGCAGGCAGGCUUCUAAUGUUCUAUGUGACAGCCAAUUUUUGGUUUGCAUGUGCCAGACAAAGUGUGCAAAUUGAUCUGAUUCAACAUGUUGUACAGCGACUAAGGAAUGACCGACUCGAAC